AUGUCAGACCUUUCUCAAGAACUUCUGAAAUGUUAUCACAAAUCACACCUUCUAAGUGAACUAAAGAAGGUGGUGAUUAUAGGAAGAAUUGCACUGCAGCUAGCUUCUAAUGGUCAUGAACACAAGCUGAUAUAUUGCAGCAUUCUUGCAUAUGCCUUGCAAACACAAUUUCAUCAUACCAAUGAUCUUACAUAUCUUGAUCAGACCAUUGCUCUGCAGAAAGAUGCACAAAAAGCAGUGCAGCUCACACCAGAUGAUCAUGCAGACAAGCCUGACUAUCUUAACAAACUUGGAAACUCCUUCUUCAGUCGUUUUAAACAUCUGCAUAAUCUUACAGAUGUUGACCAGGCCAUUGCUGUGCAGCAAAAAGCAGUACAGCUGACAUCAAAUUAUCAUGCAAAGAAGCCGGGCUAUCUUAACAAUCUUGGAAACUUCUUCAGAAGUCGUUUUGAAAAUCAUGACAAUAUUGCAGAUGUUGAUCGAGCUAUUGCUAUGCAGCAAGCAGCAGUGCAGCUUAUAUCAGAUGGUCAUGCACAUAAGCCUGCAUACCUUCUUAACCUUGGAUAUACAUUGUCCAGCUGCUUCAAGAGUUUCAAUGAUAUCUCUGUCUUUGAGAAGGCUAUAGUUCAAUUUUCAUCAGCUGCUCAGUCAUCCACUGGCUCUUUGUAUGUCAGAUUCACUGCUGGUUAUCACUGGAUUCACUGUGCAUACACUUUGCAACAUUCAUCCCUUUUUAGGGCCUGUGAUAUUACAUUUUCCUUGCUUUUGAAGCUGGCAUGGCUUAGAUUUCCUAUUUCAUAUCACUUUACUGCACUUAAUCAGUUGGCAAAUCUUGCUAAAAAUGCUGCUGCUAUAGCUAUUCAAUGUAAACGCUAUGAUCUUGCUGUUGAAUGGCUUGAGCAAGGGCGUUCAAUUGUCUGGGGACAGCAAUUGCAGCUUCGUCACCUUCAACAUUUGCAGUCCAUGCAUCCAACACUUGCAGAUAAGCUUGAGCAGAUCUUAAAGCAGCUAGAACAGGCAAGCUAUAGACUUGACAUGAAGAAAACAGUACAAAUGUCCUUAGGAAAACAAGCUCAACAGCACCACGCACUUGCACAUGAAUGGGAACUUCUGCUGGCUGAAGUUCAAUCCAUGCCAGGUUUUGAACAGUUCUUAACAACAAAGAAGUUGCCUCAGCUUUUGCAAUGUGCACACUCUGGACCAGUGGUCAUUCUUAACUGCAGCCAGUGGCAUUGUGAUGCAUUAAUUAUUCUGCCUGACUCAAAAGAGGUGGUUCAUCUUCCUCUUAAUGGUCUUACCUAUCAAAUUGCACAAAAUCUUGCACCUGACCAUACUAUCUUUACUGCCACUGCCAGAGAUGUCAGGACAGCAACAAUGAUGUUUGUUGAUGAUGUAUUAUACUCUUCAUUUGAAAGUAUACUUUCUCAGCUGUGGUAUAAUAUUGUCAAGCCAGUUUUAGAUAAACUUGCCUAUCCAAAACAAACUGCAACAUGCUCUAAUCUAAGCCGCAUUUUUUGGUGCCCCACAGGCUCUCUGACAUUUCUUCCCAUUCAUGCUGCAGGCAUAUAUGGAAGAGCUGAAUCAAAUGUCAAGAUCUCAGAAUUUGUCAUAUCAUCAUAUACUCCUACUCUGAGUGCACUUAUCUUACCAACUGAAGACAACACUCCACAGAAUAUUCAUCUACUAGCUUUGGCUCAGCCAAGCUCAGAUGGAUUGUCCCGGCUUCCAGGUACUCAAGAGGAAAUCUUCAAGAUAAAGGAAAGGCUUACCAGACUGAAUUCUAUGCAGAUUGUGCUUGUAGAGUCUGAUGGAACAAAAGAUCAUGUACUUCACAAUCUGUAUAAGUGCAGCUGGGCUCAUUUUGCAUGUCAUGGAAUUCAAGAUCUCAAAGACCCACUUGACAGUGGACUACAACUUGCAAAUAAUCAACGCUUGAAGCUAUCUGACAUUAUUAAGACAAGACAUCCUCAUGGAGGAUUGGCCUUUUUGUCAGCCUGCGAGACAGCAACUGGUGACAAAAAACUUGCAGAUGAAGCUGUCCAUCUUGCUGCAGGAAUGCUGUUUAUUGGCUAUAAUGGAGUGAUUGCAACAAUGUGGUCAAUUCUGGACAGUGUUGCUCCUCAGGUUGCACAAGGUGUCUAUUCUCAGUUGUUGUCUGAUGAUAGCCCACCAGAUCAUAGGCAGGCUGCAAGGGCAUUGCAUUAUGCAGUAGAGCAGUUGCAACAGGACCCUAAUAUGUCAUUUUACUCGUGGCUCCCUUUCAUACACCUUGGUCUGUAA